UAAUUGGAUACGAAGGCCACUUGUUUUUUUAAUAAAAUGGCGUUAAGUACGGAAGAACAACGUCGAAUAAUUGCUGAGUUAGAAAUUUAUAAAUUUUCGCGCUGUUUAUGGCGAAUUAAGGCGAAAGAAUAUGAUGAUCGUGCAAAAAGGGAUGCAGCAUAUAAGACACUUGUGGAGAAACUGAAAGAAUUAGAUCCUACAGCCGAUAAUGCUGUAAUAAAAAAAAUUUAUAAUCUAAGAAGCAAUGUAAGAAAAGAGAAAAAAAAAUAUGAAGAUUCUGUUAAAUCGAGAGCAUCCGCAAAUGAAGUUUAUCACCCUAAGUUGUGGUACUACGACUUAUUUGUCUUUCUUGGUGACCAAGAAACGCCAAGAAAUUCCACAUCGAACUUAAAUGCAGAUGAGGAGACUUUAUCUGAGGUUGAGUCAGUACAAGAAAACGUUGACUCGGAAUGUCCAUCUCAAGCACAACCUACAACAGACGGUACCGAAUCGCUAACGCAAAAUGAGAAGGUUGCGUGUUCUUCAAAGAGUGGCACAGUAACUACUUCUCGAUCAAGGCCAGGAAAAAACAACUACGAUUCUUUAACCAAGAAUAUUUUGACCACUGUGCAAGAACAUUUUAAGCGUCCACGUACAGAGGAAGACCGUUUUGCUGUUUUUGGGAAAAGUGUUGCUAUGAAACUAAGAGAAGUGGACAAAAGGCAGAGUCUACUUGCAGAAAAAAUAAUCAACGAUGUAAUAUUCGAGGCUGAACUGGGUGGCAUUACACUGCAACAUAGAUGCGUUAACAUGCAGGAAAUGUAUAAUGCAAGAAAUCCUAACAUGCAGCAAUGCCAGCCACUUAUACUACCUUGCCAGUCGGCUUCCAAUUCUACAUCAUAUUCGUCCUCUCCCAGCUUUAUUAGUACCCCUGCUACAAGUCCAAAUUGUCAAUUCUAA